AUGCAAGUACCCCGGAUCACAGAGGAGACUAUUUCACAGAUCUCUCAAGGUGUUUCAAGCAGAGAGCAAUCGGUGGGUAAAAAGAGAGAUCAAAGGUCAUUGUCCAAGAAACAGGCAGAAAAUGGACUCAUGGUGCAGGUUUGUGAGGAAAGGCUUCAGUUCUCUCUGAGGGAAAAUGUGAAUCACAAUGUUCUCUCCAGUGGCUGUAUAACUGAGAAGGUUCAUCUUCAACCUUGGCAUAAGUCCAUAGCAGCUGGCUUGCCUGAGACAGAAAAUCAGGACAAGAAACCUGGAACUCCUAAAGGCUUGGAGGAUGCAAGUGCAAAUGUCACAGAAAUUGUUGGUCAGAGCAGUAACCAUGAACACUGUGAAAAGGACACUAGCUCAAACGAUGCUGAUAUACAUAAGAAAAGCUGGACUAACGAGUUCAGCCAUCAGCCCGAGUUGCUGUCUGGUCCAGAAACUGGCGAAAGUCAAUCAGUUUCAACUUCUGCGCAGUCCAUUAAAGCAAAGCUAGCCCGGCUCUCCCUUGCUCUACCUCCUCUGGCUUUUGAUUUCACGUUGACCCCCAUCCCAUCCAGAGAUCGUGGACAGGAAAUAAGUUACCGAGGAUCUAUAGGAGACCAGGGUGAGGAAGAAGAGGAUGAUGAAGACGAAGGGGAAGAGCCUGUGAUUGUGGUCACGGAGACAGAGACGGAGCGGCGUUUAAGCUUACGAAGUCUACUCAAGUCACCUCGUUCUCUGGAAGAACAAAUGGAGAAAGAGAGUGAAAGAGAAAAGAGGCGUAAUGUGUCUUUCUUUGAUGAUGUCACUGUUUAUCUUUUUGACCAGGAAACUCCAACUAAUGAGCUCAGCUCUGGUUCUGCACCUACAAGUCCUCCUUCUUCCCUUGAUGCAACAACUUCUAGUGCCAAUCCUGAAGACAGACUUGAAGAGAAAGCAAAUGUGGAAAUGAAAGAAGACUCACCUGUAAAAAAGGAGAGUGAAUCGACAGUUUUGACAUCGUCACGCUUCACAGUUAGCCCGGCCCAGGAUCCACCUUCACCAUCCAGAAAAUCAGACUCUACUUUAGAAGACUGAUAAAUUACAUUAUAUAAACUGAAGAAAGGCGCUCAAGCCAUUCUGUGGCAGUGGAUCUGGUUGAAUUUUACACUCAGUGAAAUUGCAGAGCUCACUUUGGGACACCAGAAUGGAUUUUAAUACAAGUGUAUGAACAGAGUGACUUUUAGCUCUAGAAUCCCAACAUUAUGUGUCUGUGUAUCCUCUUUGUAUUUUUGAAUCAUUCCUCCUCAUCCACCUUUCCAUCUUUUUAAGAACGCAGAGCAAUUCAGCAAACUGCCACAGUUCAGUGCACUUAUUAAUAAAGUGCCGCCUGUAAUAUAAGAGGUUCCAAAAUAAACCAGGAGAAAGGAUCAGUAUGGAGAUGCAGUUCAGCCAGUAAGAGACGGAACAAAGCAUAACGUGAAAUAUGGUUGCAUUUGAUAAGGAAGACUUCUUCAAAGGAAAGCAUACAGUACAAAAGGUGGUGUCUGGCUGACAAAAAUCCAAAACAGUUACCUUUAAAGGAAAGAAGUCCGUGCAGUACGUCAAAACAAAGUCUGAAGACGAAUGAAACAAAAAAAGGAGCUGACAGACUCCCCUUGUAAAUGAAAAUGGAAGUGUUUAAUUGGUAAUAAAAGCUAUUUUAAAAUAUGUCAUAUUUGCUUGAUUAUAUAAACAUGGCACAGACCCAGUUGAUUUCAAGAGUGUGGAUGUGCUGAGGUUUCUCCAGCCUUCCAUUUGUAAUUCUCCACCACAAACUAAUGAAUACAGAUUGAUUUUGAAAACUGAUAUUAUACAGGAUCACUUUGGGCCAUAAUAAUCCAACACCACAAAUUGUCUGCCACUUGUAAAAAGGUCACAUUAGCAAUGGGCCAAUUAAUAUUUUGUAAAAUUACCUUUCAAAACCUGUGUCACCUAUUAUGGCCAACACAGUACAAAGCAAGUCGAGUCAUUUUUGUUUAGUGCUCUUCAUCCUGCACAGGCUCAGGGUGCACUAACUUUGCAAUAUUAUAUACUGGAAGAAGAAACAACAAAACCAAGAUAAAGUUUUGCAGAUCCACCCCAUAUACUUGAAAAAAAGGGCAAAACAAACGUUUCAGAGUAAUAUUAACAGACUGAGUCCACUAUAGAACUGAAUGGAGUGGGAUGCCAUGGGGACGUUAUAGUGGGUUGAUAGGAAAGGGAAUGUUUCAAGGGCUGUAACCAGAAGGGAGAUCAGGUGGGUUUACCAUCUGAGGGUCUGUAGAAGAAAGAAAGAAGGUGUCAGGGCACAUCGCCACCUCCUGGUUCGGCAAUGUCCAUUGACUGCCUCCCGUGAGCACGUGUGUGGCAAUACAAACAUAUAUACAGAUUAGAGUAAGCAUAUGUAAAAUCAAGCAGAUCCAUAUAUUGAUAUUAUAGUUAUAAAACUGGGGAGAGGAAAAUGAAAACUCCAGUCAGUGGCACUACUAAGGAAACUUCUCACCAUGGUUGGUUAUAAUCCAACGUCACAGACGCUGCUGGAGAUCCCCUUCCUGGGCAUUGUACAGUAUAAUAAAAGACUGUGCUGUCUAGUCUAAUAAGACCACCAAAUCAUUUUUUUCUCUUGUUUCUAAAGCUCCCGGUAUCUCUGGAGUCUUUCCCAGGGGCAGAAGUAAUGGCUGGGCAGUACAGCAGUGGCAGUAAGUGCCACAGCAACACAGCGAGAAUAGAAACACAACAGAGGAUGCUUAUCAGCAGCUCAUAAUUCUUGUAAUGCUUGUAAUUUUAAGUAAAUGACAAAUAGAGCUGCAUUAUGCACAGCUAGUCCACAACUCUAGUCAGACUAAAGUAGCGAGUCUUCAACCGGGAUUUGAAAGCCAAGAGUGAAGGAGCAUCUCUUAUACAGGCAGCUCUAGGGGCCCUGUAGCUAAAAGCUUGACCUCAUACUGCUGUUUUAUUAAUCCCUGGAUUCUUUGCUUAAAUGUUUAUUAUAAAAUUGUGAUAAAGAUGAAAUCUUUGACUUACAUUCUCUGUGAAGGCAUUUUAAAGACUAAGAGAUGACAGUCCUUUAAAAGAGUAAGCAAAAGAAUGGCCAGUAAACAGGCAGAGAUCAGAGCACAGGAGCAUUCAAUACCAAGCUAAUGAGUGCAGCAAACUGAGAUUAUACAGGCCUAUGAGAUUAUAUGAGCAGCUGUAUCCCACAAAUCUGACACUUGUAAAAUGAUUUGUAAUAAACCAAUUAAUAAAAAAAUAAACUAAGUAUCACCUAUUGUGGUUAAGAUGGUAACAAGCAAGCCAAGUUAAGUAAGCUGUGCCAAUAUGUACUCAAAACAAAGCCAAAAAGGCCCAAAAUCCUAACUAAAUAUUAAUUUCAGGAACAAUAGUAAACUCUCUGAAGCUUGUGCUUUUAUUGAGUGGAUAUAAAAGCUAGGAUACAAGCCACCAUGUUUUAUUGUGUUGGUGUGAUGACAUCACAGGUCGUGAACCGUGUGACCCCAAACAGUGGGGUUGUUGCCAUAAAUAACAUGAAAGCACCCACAAAAACACAUCAUAAAAUAUCAACAAACUAAAGACACCCACAAAAAACAAAAAUGAAUAAAAGGAAAACUCAUAACCAAUAUAACAAGAGAUGAUCACUGAAAAUCAUAAAUUAUCAUACAAAGAAAUUACAAUUAGAGAAGGAGUCAAUAAAUGCUGUAAAACAGAAUACCUAAUGCACUGGAAAGUAGGAUUGAAUUGUAAUAAUAAAUAAAAUGACUUUUCAAAGGUGUAUAUAAUCAAAAGAUGAUAUUGGUUUUGAGUUAGUGAUCUGUCUAUUUACAAAAAGCAGCUCAUGUCUAGUUUUUUUAUUAUAAUGUCAUCAUUUAUAUAUUGGACAAAUGCUAUGAGUUAGUCAUUCUCGCAUCAUUUUUUGUACACAUUAUUUAUUUUACCCGUGAUUUGUAUUGAAUUUGACUGAACUUUUAAAUAGUUAUCUUUCAAAGUGCAUUAUUCUUGUAUCAUUCAAUAAAUGGCUGUGAGUUUUAUAAAUUUAUGAGGUAUCUUUCUGGAAUUGAAUGAUACUGAACGUUUAGAAAUAGUUCACUAAAAUUCUUCUUUUUUAAAGUGCAUUCCUUUUUUAAAAUCAAGCUGUGCACCACUGAAUUCUGAUAUUAAGUGUAUUAUGUGCUCAGGAAAUUCCAAUAAAUGCUCAUUUAUAAAACUAA